AUGACGAUUAGGAUGAUGAAGAAUAUGAGGAUUGAUAAGGAUGAUGAUGAUGAUGUUGAUGAGGAUGAAGAGCGUUGUGUCGUAGCUACAGCAGCUUCAGGAACCUCCUCCGUGUUCCUGUCAGAUGCUUUCAUCAGGUUCUGCAGCUUCUUCUCUGGUUCUGGUUCUUCUGAGCCUGAUGCUGGUUCUGUUCUGAUGCUGCAGGACAAAGCCGAGGAGGCGUCGGGGGGGCAGCCGGGCCCCGCCGGCCCCGCCCCCUCUAACCCCCCCCCUCCCCCCAGCCGCCCCCCCCACCGCUGGCAUGUGAUCGCACGGCACUGGUUGCGCCAAACCCGCCGUCGGACCAGCGGGGUCCCUCCGGAGAGCUGUGAGCAGCUGAUGCCGGUCGGAGACUGGAAGGAGCACGAUGUGGAGACGCCCUACGGGAUGCUGCACGUCGUGAUCCGAGGAGCUCCGAAAGGCAACAAGCCCGCCAUCCUCACCUACCACGACGUCGGCCUCAACCGUGAGUUUCACAAGUACCAGUAUCCCACCAUGGACCAGCUGGCCGGGAUGCUGCCCACUGUGGUCCAGCACUUCGGGUUCAAGAGCAUCGUGGGCAUCGGAGUCGGAGCCGGAGCUUAUAUUCUGGCCAAGUUCGCUCUGAUCUUUCCCGACCUGGUGGAAGGUCUGGUUCUGCUCAACAUCGACCCGAACGGUAAAGGAUGGAUCGACUGGGCCGCCACCAAGCUGUCGGGUCUGACCAGCGCUCUGCCGGAUACGGUGCUGCCUCACCUGUUCAGCCAGGAGGAGCUGAUGAACAACACGGAGCUGGUCCAGAGCUACAGGCAACAGAUCAACAACACCGUCAACCAGUUCAACCUGCAGCUCUUCUGGAACAUGUACAACAGCCGGAGGGAUCUGGAGAUGAACCGCAGCGGGACGGUGCUCAACGCAAAGACCUUGAAGUGUCCUGUGAUGCUGGUUGUUGGAGACAACGCUCCCGCCGAGGAAGGAGUGGUCGAGUGUAACUCCAAACUGGACCCGACCAACACCACCUUCCUGAAGAUGGCUGAUUCUGGUGGACUCCCUCAGCUCACACAGCCGGGGAAGCUGACCGAAGCCUUUAAGUACUUCCUGCAGGGGAUGGGCUACAUCGCGUAUGUGAAGGAUCGGAGGUUGAGUGGAGGUCCAGUGCCAUCGGCCAGUAUGACCCGUCUGGCCCGGUCCAGGACGGCCUCCCUGACCAGCGCCAGCUCCAUGGACGGCCAGCGUUCCCGGGCCUGCACCCACUCCGAUAGCACGGAGGGCGUCGGCACCGUCAGCCAGACCAUGGAGGUGUCCUGCUGAGGCGCCUCGGGUUGGAGGGAGGCGGGAUGGCGGGAUGGCGGGACGGUGGCAGCGGCGGCGGCGUCUCUCCGUCUUCGCCCGUCUCCUGCAGAUCCUCGUCCCUCCUCACUGUAAAAUACCAUCAGUAUUCCACUGAAACACCUUUGAAUCCACCUCAGCUCCCUUUCAACAGCUGUUUUCGUUCUUGAAGUGUCAUUCUUGUGUUUGCUGAGUGUCUCCUCAUUCUUUGCCUGCAACCUUUUAAACCCCGCCCCCCUCACCCCCCCAAACGAAAAACUACACCUGUCUGUCAACAGCAAUAAAGAGCUGCAGGUUAGUGUCUGACCAGAAGGGGGCGCCGCACAGAAACAUCUGGUAGCAGGUUUUUGUGAUAACUUCUCUCUCUCUCUCUCUCUCUCUCUGUGGUGUUUGUAACGGUUUUUUACGUGUCUUGAGGUGUGACAGGAGAAAGGGGUGUGUCCAGGGUUUGACGGACAGCAGAACACAGCCUAUCGUAGCCAAGUGCACCUGUAGCGCUUAGAGAGGAUUCGUUAGCUUUCGUUAGCAUAGCUAGAGCACAGCAUGCAGGUUUAAAGCUGCACUGAAGCAGCGCGACUCUAUAUCAAACCACAAUUAGAAAGAAAAAGAGAGGCGUCGUCGGCGUACGAGUGUGUUUUUUAUUAUCGUAUUAAUUCAAAACUCCAUCUAAAGUCUGUAAACUCGUAUUUUCCUCGAGUCGCUACACCACCAGGGAACCUCACCUGCUUUUAUUACUUUUUUUUUGCAAAAUGACAAUCUGGAUCAGCUCAUUUUCAAGUGGGCCUAAAAUGAUUGAUGGAAAAUUAUUAGCCAGCCUAAAUUCUGUGAUCACAGCUUCUUCGAUGUGAAUAUUUUCUGGUUUCUUUCCUCCUCGGUGACAGUCAACUGAAUAUCUUUGGACAAAACAAGACACUCAUUGAUAUUUUUCAUUAUUUUCUGCCCAAACAACUAGUUGAUAAUCGAGAAGAUAAAAACUCCAGACAGGCCCGACCGAUGUCUCGUAACUAAAUCUAAUCCAAACGUUCCCUUUUUGUUCCGUUUGGAGCUGCAUUAGUGCGACGUUGCUGAGUGCAGCUUUAAUCUGUGUGUCAUCUCACAUUUCUGAGACAAUCCACCACAUAAUUCUAGGAUAGACGACGUAUUUAUGAACACGUAUAUGCAUGUGAAUGUAAAGUAAUCUAGUACCAGAGUAGUAACUGAGUAGUGUUCUUCAUUAGCACCUUAAUAGUCGAAUAGCGCCAUCGUCAGUGUGUAGCCGCUGGACCUGGUUCAGCUCGUUGACAUGACAAUCACACUCCGAUCCAAACCAAACCAGACCAGGAGGGUGGAGGGACCGAGGUGGAACCCGGGCCGACCCGACACCGGCACCAAAGACGCUUCCGUUACAGAGCCCGGCCCCUCCCAGAGGAUAAACCAAAGCUGCACACACACACUCUCACACUGAAGGAAAAGCUGCGUGGGCCGGGUUCUGCAACGGAACCAAAGAACAGACAGUAGAACCGACAUCGUGUGGUGUCAGUUCUGAUGAAGACAUAACCUCACAGUGUAGUUCGUAAACAAGUGUAGCUGUAGAUUAGUGAAGCUAUGUGCUGCUGUCUGUGAUCCUGGACCACGUGAACCCUCGGAACCCGGGCCGGUUGUUGGCGGCACGUUUUUCUUCACCGUGGGCUCAUUUUUAACUGCGAUAUAAAGUUCUGCACGUCUACGGAAACAGAA